AUGAUCACGCUGUUCAAUUGCGCCGCGAAGGCCACAUCACCACACCAGGUGCCCCUUGAACAGUCCGAUACCCAAGAGAUUAACAACCUAAUCGCACAGGGUGUGUUUGAGUUCAUUCGUUUCGACCCCGUGGCCCACAAAGGCCAAAGACUCUUUAAAGCACGCAUGGUCCGCGAAGUUAAAGGACUCGGACCAACCACAAGGCCCUACGAGAAAUCCCGUCUCUCCAAAACCCCCCUGAAUCACACCAUCAUCCACGUCAUCCUUCCCCUGUAUGGCAUAGCAGAGUCAGGUCUCCAUUGGUUCGUGACAUAUUAUAGGCAUCAUCCCGCCGGCUUCGGCAUGGUCGCUAUGCAGACGGAUGACACCUCCUCCUCGCCUCCCCUGACCCAAAAAGACGACCUUAUCAUCCAGCAGAAGGGCCAAGGCCAGAACGCGCGCGCGGCAUAUAUCGCAUCAAUCUGCCAGCCCGAGGCCACGUUCGACUACUCAGUCGCAGCACAAGUGCAGCAGCCGGAAGCCCCGGACUACAAGACCCUGAACAAGCGGAUACAAUGGCAGACCGACAACCUGCAACGAGGACUCCGCUAUGUUCCCUUGGCCUUUUCGACUGCGAAGCUAAUGGUAUUCACGGACGGUUCGUUCGCGAACAACAAAGACCUAAGCUCACAACUGGGCUUUGUUAUUGUGCUCGCCAACGAGGAACAGAGCCCUGCUGAUUUCACGAUCAGAGGCAAUGUCCUGCACUGGUCAUCUACGAAGAGCAAGCGAGUGACCCGGAGCGUGCUAGCCUCGGAGAUCUACGGCAUGGUCCAAGGUUUCGAUAUGGCCAUUGUCAUCGCGACCACCCUGCAGGCUAUUGUCAAGCAGCUGGACCUACCCCCGACUCCCCUCAUUGUCUGCACCGACUCAUACUCGCUACCAUGCCCCACCCCCCUUUCGGUAACACCCACCUUUCGGUAG